UAUAGCUUUAAAAUGUCGCGACUCGCUUCACAUCGGUCUUUCUGGCCAUCCUACAUCGCGCUCUUAUUAUUUAUAUUAAUAUUAACGUCGAUGACGUUGCAACAAGUGAAUGCCAUUCCUUUCCCGGAUUUCGCGCAUAAUCAAGAGAACACGACCGAGAAUUCGACGGAAAAUUCGAUGGAUAGCUCGACGGACAAUUCAACGAUCUCAUCCAACACCGACGUAUACGUGAUAAAAGCUGUAGUUUACGAGAUUGGAAUUCUCACGGACACGGAUAAUACAACGAGUAGCGAAAGCAGCGAAAGUACCGAAAGACAAGAGAAAAUCGACAUAUCGUUGUAUAGUUCACCGCAGGAAGACGAAUUCUCCUAAUCUCAACGAAUUUUUUCUAUUGAAGCGACAGAAACUGGAUCCUACAUCUAAACGUGGAUAGAGAGGCAAAAAUUAAAACGUGAAACGUAAAGACUGCGCAUACACGACGACGUUACCGGGAUAGACAUGUUUAGUAAAUCGAUAAUUAUAUAUCGUAUAAGAUAUAUAUAGAACGUAAAGACAACGCAGAGUGCAAUGUACGCAAUUUAUAAAUUUCGAUAUUAAACUUGUAAUGCUGUGA